AUGUUAGUCGUAUCAGGCAUCGUAGUAUUUGGUGUGCUCAUCAUUUCCGUCGUAAUCGGAUGGUAUGUAUAUCGUAGGCGAAUACCAUUGUCUCCUCCGACUAGCAACGAGCGUGUCCAGAAGAUCGAACGCACGGUUGAUAAGAGGUUGAAGCCGGAUUUAAUCACAUUCAGUUACAAGAAAGAGAGUGAUGAUGGUGAUCCUGAUCAAAACGAAGAUGAUGAAGAAGCUUUAUAUCGUAAAAUUAGUACUACCAUCGAAUGUGUAGUGUGCUUGAGAGGUUUGGAAGAUGAGGAAACUGUGAGGCGGCUACCAAAAUGCAAGCACAUCUUCCACGCACCUUGUAUUGACAUGUGGCUUGAUUCUCAUUCCGGCUGCCCUAUCUGCCGUACUCUGAUUGACCGACUAUGUUCUGGUGAUAACCCGCUGGCAUUUACACCUCACGAGGAUCAAGAGAAUUCCAUGGAAGUCACACCCACAGAAGUAGAUAAUAUCAGAACCUCAAUGUUAUCUAUCCCAAUCGUGUAA